GGAAACGUGGACGCCAUUUUGAAAGAAACUUGACUUCGGGAACCGUUUGACACAACUGCAUUGACUGAACGGUUGGGAAUUUCGUUGGAUCGGAAAAGAAGGGAAAGGAACUGUAAUGUAAAUGACGGUUACUACGAACACGGAUAUAUAGUACAAGGUGUGACACGUAUUUGAUGUAAACAAUGGAUUUGGAUAUACCUAAAUUCGAUGACAAGACUCAAGAGAACAAUUUCUUGCGCAAUUACAUUGGUCAGCUGUUAGAAGAAAAAUGCCUCUUAAUCCAGGAGAGAAACCAAGUUCAACAGGAGUUGGAUGAUACAAAGCAAGAUCUUAGACGUGUUGAACAUGAUUUUCAAGAGUUCCAAGAAAAUUCUCAACUUUUGGAGAAGGAAUUAGAAACUAGUUUGGAGCAAACGGAAAAAUCAAAUAGAGAAAUUAGAGUUCAAUAUAAUAGACUUCAAAUGGAAUAUGAAAAAUUGAGAGACAGGUCAGAACAAAACCAGAGAUUGUGUGAUAUGAAAGAUUCUGAAAUAACAAAGUUACGGGAUGGCAAUAGGGAUUUACAGCUCAGAACUCGAGAAUUGGAACAGAGGAAUGAUGAUCUUGAAAGAGCUUUGAGGGCUGUAAGUGUGUCAAAAGGAGAAACUGAAUCUAAACUUAACGCUGCGAUCGAACGAGAUGCUCUUCUGGAGUGUGAACAUGAAGAACUACUUGCCAUGGUUCAGCGACUCAAAGAUGAAAAGCGAGAUCUUGCUCAAGAAUUGAAAAUACGGGAUAAGGAUGACCCAGAAUUUCCAGACAAUGAUAAAUGUUUGAGUUCAGUUCAUGGCUCUGUAGAUUCCAAUAAGUUGAUGGUGGAAAUGGAGACUCAGACUACUGUUAGUGGCUCACCAAUGAAAUAUAGCCAAUGUGCAGAAAGUCAGAACAUUCCACUUACUCCUUCUAAUCGAAUAUCUGGUAUGAAUAUAGUCAGUGAUCUUCUAAGGAAUAUAGGAUCAGUUGAGUCAAAGUUAGCAUGUGGUCGUAAUGCUGCUAGAGAGGCAUCGCAUUCGGGUGAUCAUCAAAAUCGAGAACCAUACAGAGGGAGAAGAGUGGUACGUGGAACCAAUACAUCUCCAACAAUCCAUGGGUUCAUAAGAGCCUAGAGGGAGCAGUAAUUGGGGGGAAAAAUAAGAAAAAGUCCCCAGCAGUGAUAACAAUGCUGGAGUGGGUCAGUGCCUUUCAGAUUCGAGAGAUUCUUUGGUCCUGUUCUGUGGUUCAUUCAAUCUUGCCACACCAUAGCAUCUUGAUCUUGUUUAUAUAUCUUUAGUGGCACUGAUUUAACCUUGUAAAUAAGUGUAAGUUUUGUUAUACCACUUAUAAACUUAAUUUUUUAUUUUAUUUUUGAAGUUAUUUCAAAAUUUGUGCUUGUUAAAUGUACAUAUUUUAAUAGGAACUGUACAAAUACAUUUAGUUUAUUUUUUAACUUACUAUGCAGAUUGAAUUUACUAAAUCUAAUAUAAUUGCUUCAUUAUUGAAGUUUUUGUUCUAUAAAUCAUGCAUCAAUAUUUCAAUGUGUUUGAACAAUAUGGAAAGGUAAUUUCAUGGGAAUUUAAAUUCAUACAAGGUUACAGUUGUUACACAUUUCCAUUGCAUUGCUAGAUGCUUGUAAGGAUGCUUAAGAAUAUCAGUUUUAAGUGAAUGUAUACAUUUAUCCUCCUUAAAAAUAAACACAUUGUAAAAAAUUUAUAUAUGUCAUAGUAAUCUUUAAGUGUUGCUGGACUGUUGAGCUUGUGGUGUUGGAUUCAAAAAUAGAGGAUGCAGCUGUUAAGUUUCUUCAACUUACAGAUUUUUGAACUACCUGAUCUUGGUUUCAAAAGCUUGUUAAUUCUCAGACGUACUUUUUAAUUGUAUUAUAGCAACAAUGUAUUAUUAAGUUAUUGUUCAGUGAAACAGGUAACUGGAGAUUCAAUUGAGUGGUAAUGGAAUAGUGAGGCACUGAGAAACCGAAGGAAAAAAUCCAGUAUUUCACAUAAAAGAAAAAGUUACUUUUACUUUCUCGUAUUUUGUUAUUUACAUAGUGUGGCAGUAUCGUGAUGCUCAGUGUUCAUUAUUAUUGGACUGAAUGGCUUGAUGAAACUUGUGCUAAAUUGAGAAUGUUCGUAACUUUCCUAUUUUGCUAAUUUUUGCAGCUAGAGUGGAUGGAAAAUCAAAUUGUAUCAUAUAUCACUUUGAAUUCGCAUGUUCUAACCUAGUGUGUUGAUUGUGUCAAUGAUAUUUAUUUUUUUACCAUUCAGUUGUAUUUCAGAAGAAAUUGUGAAUUAAUGAAAGAAAGGAUGACUGCAUUUUAAUAAUUCAGCAUUGGGUUUGUAACUCAACAACAAAGCUUGUAUAGUGAUAAUCAUUUUUAAGUUAUGUUUCACUGGUCAAAUGAAAAUAUAUUUCAUAUAUAAUUAAAUUAGUAGUUGGCUUGUGUAAAUAUUUCUCGUGUACAGAAUUUCAUUAUAUUGGGAGUCACAGUCUUGCUGACACUGUUAACACUGGAUUUAUUUUGUAACAUAGUCUAAAAUGGAAUUUCUUUUUAAUUCUGUGUGAUGUUCCAAAACAUGUUUUGUAGUUUCUUUUACAUAGGUCUCCCCCCUUUUUUUCUUCUCUUUUUCUUUUAUCAGUUGUAUUAAGACUCCUGGCAUUGCAAAUAAAUAUUGGUCUUGAAAUUUAAAAUUGUCUCAUUUACUGCAUCUUACAUUGUCCCAGUCAACAUACCCAAUUGGCCCAAAAUAAAGAUUGCCCUAAUUAUGAAGAGGUCCAAGAUUUUUAUCCAUUUUGAAUUAUUGUUUCUAUUCUCAGACAAAAUAAAAAUCGCAAAUUGUCUUGCUGUCUAGAAAAUUUUCUGUUGAUGAAAGGAGUUCGAUCAAUUCAACCAAGUAUUCAGGGGAGGAGAGGCAACCACCUCCCCCUUACAUGGUUGAUGUUUCAUAGCACUUUAAGAUUUGCUUAAAAGAAUUUUGAAUGGUAGUGGCAAAAUUGAAGUCAAUUUCAGUGUCCAGCACAGCAAGUGUUGGGUAUGAGCAGAGCAGCUUUGGAAAUACAUUGUUGAAAUGUUGCCUUUCACUGAGCCGAGGUAGCAGUGAAUGUGUUCUAGUUGGUUCACGCCAGUUUUUGACAGAUUCUAAGACAGAUAAGCAUUGUCGAAGACUAUCGCUCAGCAAAAUUUAUUCUUCUGCCAGCCAUAUGAGCUAAAACACCAGCUGUUAAUGCCUCAGUGUCAGUUCAGUGCAUUUAGUUGGAAGUUAGGGAUAGUUUUUGCAAGUGAUUUACAUUGUUCUUACAAUGUCACUAGAAAGAAAAUUGUAAAAAUUGAAACAUCAUUCGGAAAGUAUUUGAGAACAUGUACAUGGGUGCUGUAAGUCUUCAAAAAGAUUAAAAUCGAAUUGGCCAUAAAUAUAGAACCUGAUUUGUUUAAUUUCAUCGUGGUUUUUGUUAUACUGGAAGACAAAAUUUUAAUUGCAGAGUUUCAAUAUUUCUUAAAAAUAUUCAUUGAUAUUUCUGAAAAAUUCAUGUCAAUAUUUCUGUUAUUAAGCCAACUGUUUAAUCGCAUACUGUUGGUCUAAUAUGGUGGUCUUAUCUCUGGCCCUAUUACAGCUUCAUUAGGCAUUCCACAAGGCUCUCAUUUGGAUCCCCUAUUGUUUAAUAAUUUUAUUAAUGACAUUUGUAAGGUGAUCAAUGAAGUUGAGUAUCUCCUCUUUGCAAACAAUCAUUGAGUGCUAUGUCUGAUUAGUACGUUACAAAUGAUCUCAAUGUUAAGAAAUGUUAGUCGAUAACUUUUAUCAGAGCUAAAUCGGUUUAUUACAAACUUAACUCCAUUGAGAGAGAGAGAGAGUCACAUCCGUUGGAGACCUGGGUGUGAUAUUUGAUUCUGGUAUAACAUUUAAUGAAUAUAUCCAGCGCACUGUAAAUAACUAAUCAGAUCUUGGAUUUUAUAAAGCGCACCUUUUAAGAAUUUCAUUGAAUUACGACAUUAAAAUCAUCUUUCUUAUGUUAGUUAAACCCAGUUUGAUGUUCUAUUCUGUUGUACGGUCUCCCUUUUUUGUCAACCAUAUAUAGAGAAUGGGCAGUGCAACAUAAAUGUUUCGCGAUUGCUAUUCGAUGCAUGAGGGUACAGGAUCCUUUCAUAGACCAAAGUUACACACACAUUGCAUCAAGGCUUGACAUUCCUUCUCUUAAACCCCAGUGCUCUCUGAAUGAUCUGAUCUUUUUGUGCAAGUUGAUUAGAGGUAAUUUGAAUUGUACAUUUCUUUCUGACCUGCAUCUCUAUAAGUCACUUUCUUUCAACUCUAGAAAUAAUGAGAUAUUUGACUUAAAAAUUUUAGAGGUCAUAUUCAGCGAACAACCCUGUAAACUGUGUAAACUGUGUAUAAACUAUAAGCUGACAAAUAUUUUCUCCAUCAACAUGUUACAUUAUAAUACUGUGUCUUUUUUGUUGGACGCGAGGAGUAGAAUAUUUGAAUUUUUGUAUCUAUUGAGUAGAUGUUUGCAAUUGUGAAUAUUUGUUUACUAAUUAGUUGUUUUCUUUUUAUAUUUAUAUAGUACUUUGAUUCAGAGUUUCUUGUGUAUACUUUUUGUACAUUAAUGAACAAAUUAUCAGUAUAUUGUGAUAAAUAAAUACGUCAAUAUUUCU